CCAGCAUCAUCAAUUCUACCAGGAUGAUAUCCAGAAUAAUACUAGUUCAGAUAACUAUGAGAAUGAUAAUCAAGGUCAAGAUGAUGUUCAAGAUAAUGAUAGCAAGAUUAUUCAGGAAAAUGAUAGUCAAGAUAAUGUUCAAGAUAAUGAUAGUCAAGUUUAG